UUUAGGAAAUUUUUCAGGAAAGGAAUCUCUCUCUCGACCCCCAACCCUCCCGGGGGCCUUUGCUGCUUUUGAAUCUUUUCCCCGAAGCUUCGGACGUCAUUGGUCACAUGAUCAUUGUAGAACGAAUCAAGUACCGACACAGUGAUUCGAAGCAAUGGGUGACAUUUUUUUUUUUUACACGUCUCCAAGCUUCAGAUUCAUGGGUCCCUUUACUAUUUGUUAGGGAAGCGUUUGCGGUUUCCUUCCCAGACCUUUGGUUGGCCGCAGUAACGCAUGCGAGGAUUCUCUGAAUGGAUACAGCAAGGAAAAAAGAUGCGGCUGAACCGAGCAACAGUCAUUCCGCUAAGCGAAAGAGACCAGCCAGUACUGACGAGGGCGGACACAGACACGGACACAUAGCCGCGGUGAUCUUGGCCCGAGGCGGCAGUAAGGCCAUUCCCCUGAAGAACAUCAGGAGGCUCGCUGGAGUGCCGCUGAUCGGAUGGGUUUUAAGAGCAGCUGUGGACUCUGGGGUGUUUGACAGCGUGUGGGUCUCCACAGACCACGACGAGAUUGAGAGAGAGGCGAAGAAGUGGGGGGCUCGAGUGCACAGGAGGAGUGCAAAAGUGUCCAAAGACACAUCAACCUCCCUGGAAACUCUUCAGGAGUUCUCCAGACAUCACCCAGAGGUAGACGUCAUCUGUAACAUCCAAGCUACGUCUCCAUGCCUUCACCCAGACCACUUGAAGGAGGCUGUGGAGAUGAUUACCAAGAAAGGCUAUGAGUCUGUCUUCUCAGUCGUCCGCCGAUAUCACUUCCGUUGGCUGGAGGUUAAGAAUGGAGAAGCCACCAGCACUAAGGCUCUGAACCUGAACCCAGCCAAGAGACCCCGUCGUCAAGACUGGGCCGGAGAACUAUGUGAGAAUGGAUCCUUUUAUUUUGCCACCAAAGAGCUUAUAGGCAAAGGACUCUUGCAGGGCGGAAAGACAGGCUACUUUGAGAUGGAGCCGGCGUACAGUGUUGAUAUUGACGUUGAUAUAGAUUGGCCUGUGGCAGAACAAAGAGUUCUGAGGUUUGGUUACUUUGGCAAAGACAAGCCGGAGCUGCUGAGGCUUCUUCUGUGCAACGUGUCAGGCUGUCUGACUGAUGGCCAAGUCUAUAUGUCUGCGGGGGCAGAGGAGAUGUUGUCCAUUAAUUACAGAGAUUUGGCUGGUAUCACAAUGUUACAGAGAGAAGGAAUGGAGGUGAUCCUUAUAUCCUCCAGUGAAAACCCUGUGCCAAAGCCCCUCGCAGAUAAACUAUCGCAGAAGACCGGCUGUGAGCUGAGGCAUUUGACGGAGCAAAAGCAAUUGGAGGUGGAGAGACUGAUGAAGGAGAAGAACCUGGUGUGGAAAGAGGUGGCCUACCUAGGAAUGAGAGCGAUUACAGGGAACAUGAGCUUGUUUUGAGAACAUGUACUGCUGGCCUCAUCACUGUAGCAGCACGGAGCCGAGAAAAACCAGUUUGCCAGAUUACAGGAUCAGAGAAAGAGGGUGGGCGGAGCUUCUGCUGAUGAUAAGAUAGAGAGUGAAGCUGCCUUUCUGGAGGUGGAGGUGCUUGUCUUAUUCUUUGAGGUGCUACAGGUGGUGGGGAAGUUGACUCUCUUUAAGGGAAGGUCUGGGGUACUGAGGUGGAGAUGAGACAGUAAAUGUGGGUGGAGGAGUUGGGUUUAUUUUUCUCUGUACCUGAGGACUGGCUGAAGGGUACAUGACAGCCUCGUUCCAGCUGAUACCAGCUUCUGGGGCAGAGGACAGUCUGAAUUGCUUGUGGAGUUUUGGUGUCUCUGGCAGCUGAUACAGUUGAUCAUCGUCAUGGUUCACAUUUAGUAAAUGCAGCUCCGUCAGGGCGUAUCAGUGGGGGACGUAUGUUGUGGCCCUGGAGCGAUGAAAGAGUCCUUGGGUGUUAGUACUGAUGUGUCUCCACCAAUGGGAGUGGAUCACCUUUCAGACUAUUCAUUGGGGCAGCAGCUAACAAUUUCAUAAUCUCUAAUCACUAUCACUAUUCUA